AUUUUUGCCGCUGUGCACGCAGGGUCUACAUGCGGGGCACGUUGUUGCCUGAUCAUGCGGAGGGGCCACUCUUAGUCUGAACGCAGCGUCCGAGAUAUGGAAGACCCAUCGUUACUUGAUUCCAGCACCGAGGAGGACCUGUCCUCUACCGAGUCCGGGGGGUCCGAGGACGAGGCGGCGAAGUCAUAUUACGAGCCGGCGGGGUCAGAGUCCACGAUCGGCUCGAGGGUCCACACGAGACAGAUGACCAACAAGAUGAGGCAGUUGGGCUCCAGCCUGCGUCGCAGCCACGGCCCCGACGCUUCUACCGCCUCGGACACGCUGAAAUUGGACGACUCCGAUUUCGCGGAUUCACCUCCCUCCUCGGUGCCGAGGGACAGCGGCUCAUCUCCGGACGAGUCCCUCUUUCGUCCGAGCAGCGGCGCGCAACAGCCCAAGUCGAGGGCGAAGGACGCCAAGAGGCACGGCAAGUCCCAAAAGCCCGCCAAGAGAAAGAAGUCCGAUCAGUCUCCGACUCGCGAGGACGGAGAAGAGGGCUCUCAAGACUUGAAGGACCAAGACGAGACGAAGCAUACGGCGUCGAGCGACUCGCCCCCGUUGAUCAGGGAGGCCGAAAUUUGGACGGGAGAUUGCGCGUCUCACUCGUUUCAUCGCUUUCGCGCGUUUCAUCACUGCGAGCAGGCGUCCCCCGUCUACAAGGAGUGCUUCUGCGCGAUGUACGGCCUCGGGGUCAGCGCGCCGCCGUCGUGCAAGGACGAGCUGCUGAUCGACUGCAGCAUGGACACCAGGGAGGGGGGCGCGCUCGCGCCGUCCGCUGCGGGAUGCGAGGCGCCGGUCUAUCCGCGUCGGUUGGAGGGGGGAGAUCGAGCGACAGACCGCGAGGGAAAAACGUGCGACGCGCUGGCCCUAACGGACGCGCGCUCUCUACAAGACGGCCUCAGCCCGGAAGGCGCGUUCUUCGACUUCAUGUCGGCGUCGGAGGGACAAAAGGGGGUCGCGACAAGGAAGGACGAACUGCCGCCUUUGAUCGACGAAAAGAAUCUAUUGUCGGCUCUCUGGUCUAAAUAUAGCGUCACCCGGUGCGACGGUUCGUUCCCCGAUCGCGGCGACUGGCUGAGCGCGGGCGCUUCGCGGGGGCGCGGCGAUUCGACGGUCUCGGCGUUCAACGCCUGCUUGGAGAGGUCCUUCAUGCACGUUGGCGUGGUUAGACAGAGCCAGGUGCCGACGUCCGACCUGGACGAGAGGAGCGUCUAUUUGCACUUGCAGUACUAUCUCGAGGACUGCGCGCCGUUUUACGACGUGUUGGAGUCUCCGAGGGAGGCGUCGACUGCCAGGCGUCGGACGACUCGUUUCAUAGUGCAGAGCGCGCACAGUCACCUGCAGUCGGCGGGGUCGCACUUGAGCAAGGCGUGCAAGUCUUCGUCCGGGCCGAGGAGGGUCCAGGCGGCGGCGAGGAGGUCCAAGUCCGCGCGAGGGGUUGGAGAGGGCGAGGAGAGCGAGGAGGAGCUGAGCGAGACAGAAGAUGAAGAGCUGAGCGAGACGAAGGACGACUCGUCGCACCUCGGCAACAGAGGUCCUCGUGGGCCGAGCAAGCCCAAGUCUGCGAGGUCGAGUGUACAGAAGGGAGACGAGUCGUGCGUGGGGUCCAGAAUCGUCAAGGCGGCGUCGGUCGAGGAGGAGAACAUGGAGGAGGUGACGAACGAAGACGACUUCGAGCAGCCUUCGACGGAGGUUGGCGAGUCCAAGGCCGAUGCAGAGGUGCUCGAGGCGAAGCACAUUAACAAAAAGUUCAAGAUGCAAGGGGAGGCUCUCGAUUCUGAAGCGCCUCAGUUGUCGGCUCAUCAGGAAGUCAAGUCUGAUUCGCAGAAUUUCAGAGUUUUGUCAAAUGUGUUGAAAAUGACACCUCAAAAAAUUGAUUUUUCGUUUCCGCCUCGUCUCCCUCUUCAGUUCGGAGCGAUCAUUUUGCUCAAUCUCGGCCAAGUUGUCUACGAUCGCGAGAAGUUUCACUCUAAGAGGUACAUUUUCCCGGUGGGAUAUCGUUCCAAGCGGCUUUACUUUUCUCUGGUCGAGCCCACUCGUCGCUGUUGGUACAUCCAAGAAAUUCUGGAGGGUCGCCCGUCAGGCGGGGCCCAUUCCUCGCCCGGCGAAGACCCGUCCGACGAUGUGUCGACCCACUACCUCUCGCAAGAGCCGCUGUUUCGCCUGACCUGCGAAGACCUACCUUCGGAACCGAUCGAGGGUUCCACGCCCUCGGGCGUCUGGAGCGAGGUUCUGGAGAGGAUUCGCCCGAUUCGAGAGGGCAUCGCCGGCCGCAAGCUGCUGUCCACCGUUUCCGGUCCGGAGCAAUUCGGCCUGUCUCACCGAGUUAUCCACCAGCUGAUUGAACGGCUUCCCAACGCGUCUCUGUGCGUGAACUACGACCCCGCGCAGGUCUUGCAGGCGGUUCAGAAGGAGGCGGACGGUCGAAAGAAGCGAGCCAAGGGCGGCGAGUCUCAAGAGGAGGAAAGAGAGAGCACAUAAACUUUUUUUUUUCUACGUUUUUUUUUGUGGGGGAAA